AACCAAAAUGCAUAGCAUUCUUUUCUCAUCAAAUUUCUUUUGAAUUAGACUCGAUUCAUUAUGGCACUCCUCGAAAUUCACCCAUUAAUCCCUUCAGCUCCACCACCCCACCUCUUCAGGAAUAUGAACUACUUCCUCCUUUUUGUUUUACUCUUGGUUAUCUCUGAGUAUCCCUUGUCAUCAAGCACUCCUGAUUUGUUAUACAGAAGCUGUAGUAAUCAGUUCAGGUGUGGGAAAAUUGUUGCAGAUUUUCCAUUCUGGGGAGGGGAGCAAAGACCGCAUUAUUGUGGCUAUCCAGGGCUUGAACUCCAGUGUGAGAAUGAUACUGCUUUUAUAAAAAUUGAUGGGGUUCGAUAUCGAGUUCUGGAAAUUGAUCCGCUGUACAACCCCAAAAAAAUGAGGAUUGCAAGGGAGGACUAUGAGGGUGGACUCUGUCCCCAGAGUAUCCAGAACACAACCCUGGAUGCUACUCUCUUCGCCACUGCAGUAAUGGUGUCAAUUCUAGCAAUGGAAUCAUCGUACCAGGAGUUUUUGGUCCUACAGAUUGUUUUGCUAGCGCCACUGUGCUGGUUCCUAUACCUGCCUCCAUGGGAAAGGGGAUCGAAGUCAUCGAACAAGCCUUAAAAA